UUUCCAUUAGAUUUUUUUUCCGAGUUGCGCUGGUCUUCAUGAAUUGCGUUGUCUCAACCACAGAAGAGAAGAGUUAAAAUUUCUUAAACCCCGCGAGCUGUUGCGAAGUGCGAAGGUUUUCAAGUUUAGAUAGUAGCGCAGCAAAGUCUCUGUGAAUUCAAAUUCCCAAUUCCCAAGCCACUCACCAAGGCAGCAAAAUUAGGGCUCAACUCUCUCUCUCUCUCUCUCUCUCAACUCCCAAGGUUUCCAGACUUUCAGUACAAGAACAAAUUGUUCAGAAAAAUCUUGAAUUCGUUGCGCACACACACAUUAUAAAUCUCAAAAGAAAUACAAAGCAGAACGAGAAAGAAGAAGCAAGAAAUGUCGGUGCAACAGUACCUGGAAAAGCACACGCUCUCUCGGAAAAUCGAAGACGCCGUCAAUGCUGCCGUUAGGGCCAAAAGCCCCGAUCCCGUCAUCUUCAUCUCUCAUCAUAUGAGGAAAUCGGUUCCUUCGGUGAUCACGAAGAUUAAAGCGAGGCAGAUCCUCGAUAGCAGAGGAAUUCCUACCGUUGAAGUCGAUUUGUUCACCAACAAAGGCAUGUUCCGAGCCUCUGUUCCAAGCGGCGAUACUACUGGAAUGUAUGAGGCAGUUGAUUUACGUGAUGGGGACAAGGGAACAUUUCUUGGAAAUAGUGUGACUAGAGCUGUUAAAAACAUCAAUGAGAAGAUAUCUGAAGCAUUGAUUGGCAUGGAUCCAACGCUUCAGUCUCAGAUUGAUCAUGCCAUGAUAGACCUGGACAAAACAGAAAAGAAGGGUGAACUUGGAGCAAAUGCAAUAUUAGCUGUGUCAAUUGCUGCAUGCAAAGCUGGGGCUGCUGAAAAAGAGGUUCCCCUAUACAAAUACAUUGCUGAAAUUUCUGGCGAAACCAACCUGACUCUUCCUGUCCCUGCCUUCACCCUCAUAAGUGGUGGAAAACAUGCUGGGAAUCAUCUGGCCAUUCAGGAAAUCAUGAUUCUUCCAAUUGGAGCAAGCAAAUUUGAGGAGGCACUGCAAAUGGGCUCUGAAACCUAUCAUCACUUAAAGGCUGUUAUUACAGAAAAAUAUGGUGCACAUGAAUGUAAUGUUGGUGAAGAUGGUGGUUUUGCUCCAAAUAUCUCAAGCUUGAAAGAAGGCCUGGACCUUUUAAAAGAGGCUAUCAGCAGAACAGGGUAUAAUGACAGAAUAAAAAUCGCAAUUGAUGUUGCUGCUUCUGACUUUUGCAUAGGCACAAAGUAUGAUUUGGAAAUAAAAGUUCCAAACAAAUCUGAGCAAAAUUUCAAGUCGGCAGAGGAUAUGAUUGAGAUGUACAAAGAACUAUGUUCUGAGUACCCGAUUGUUUCAAUUGAAGAUCCAUUUGAUAAGGAGGACUGGGAACACGUCAAGCAUUUUUCCAGUCUUGGAAUUUGUCAGGUAGUAGGGGAUGACCUAUUAAUGUCAAAUCGUAAACGUAUCCAGAGAGCAAUUGAAGAGUCAACUUGCAAUGCUCUUCUCCUCAAGGUAAAUCAGAUCGGGACAGUGACAGAGGCCAUUGAAGUGGUGAGACAGGCAAAGGAAGCUAAUAUGGGAGUGGUGACAUCUCAUAGAUGUGGGGAAACUGAAGAUUCUUUCAUUUCCGAUUUAUCUGUUGGGCUCGGCACUGGUCAGAUCAAAGCAGGUGCUCCUUGCAGAGGAGAGCGUCUUGCAAAGUACAAUCAGUUGCUUCGAAUUGAGGAAGAGCUUGGGGAUCAAGCAGUUUAUGCUGGUCAAGAUUGGAAAGUGUCAUCAUGAUCAGUCCUUACCCUUAAAUCUAUUUCAUUUUUCAAUGUUCGUGUAUGUUUGGUGUUGAUUCUGUUGACAAGUCCCAUCAAGUUAAACAGCUUGGUAUCAUGUUGCAAUGAUUUCUGCUUUUCUUUUCUUUUA